AAUCAUUGAUAGAUAGACAUCAAUAGCUGAGGAACAAAUAAGGCUACAACAUGAACCAAAAAACACGUCUGCGGAGAAAUUAAUGCCUUUGAUAUUGGAACUAGGCUUGUGUGAUGAAUGGAAUAUACAAAUUAUUGACCUCCUAACAAAUGAGAGAAAUCUUUGAAUUCUUUCGCUAUGGCUCCCUUAACUUCGGAAGAAAUGGGCCAUGAGCAAACUUGCUUUAUUUGAGUGAUGUCGUUAAAAGCAUGUUUUGUUGUUUGAGCAAUGUUAUGGGCUAAUAUCUUGUUCUCUUUUGGAUUAUAUAUUCCUAAGUGUUUUGCUGGCAACUUAUCAUAUGUUUUGUUAAAGUUUGACAUGAAAUUAUUAUGUUAUCUCUUUUUUGUUUUGAAUUUCUGCUACAUUUUGUUCCAAGUUGACAUUAUAAGAGUAUUAUGCUUUUUCUUAUGCCAUUACAGUUGGAAAAUUAAUUCUUUUCUAUGUCAAAUAGGAUGGCAAUUGAAGAUCAAUUCAUGAUGUUUCUUGCAAAAUGUGUACUUUUAGUUAGCAUUAUUGGAAAAUAUUUAGGUGUUGGACCAAAAGAAAGAGUGCACUGGUCAAUUUUAACUGGAGCAGAUUUUAUUAAAGAUUUGACUGAAGGACAUCCUCGUGGAUGCUAUGACCUACUACGUAUGAGUGUUGGAUGUUUCUUACAACUUGUAGAUGAGAUGAAAACAAGAGGUCUAUUAACUGAUUCAAGAACAGUUAGAGUUGAGGAACAGUUGGCUAUAUUUCUAUUUACGUUAGCUUAUAAUGAGAGGAAUAGAGUUGUGCAAAAUCGUUUUCAACAUUCAGGAGAAACAAUUAGUCGGUAUUUUAACAAGUGCUUGAAAGCUUGUCUACGUUUAGGAAAACACUAUGUCAAGCAGGUAGGAAGAAGUAUCCCGCAAGAAAUAUCCUCUAAUCCACUUUUCUAUCCUUGGUUCAAGGAUUGUUUUGGAGCUAUAGAUGGAACUCACAUUCCUGCAUUAAUUCGUGGAAGAGCAACCAAGAUAUAGAAAUCGUAAAGGAGUUCUUUCUCAAAAUGUCCUUGCUGUGGUAGAUUUUGAUAUGAACUUUCAAUACGUGCUUGUUGGUUGGGAAGGCUCUGCUUCAGAUUCUAGAGUUUUAAGAAAUGCUGUUUGGGAGAGAUCAGAAAAUAAGUUGAAAAUUCAAAAUGGUAAUUUAGCGUUAAUUCAGACAUCCAUUAUUUAUUUAUUUACUUUUCUAAAAUAUUUAAGUUGGUGCCUGUAAUUUUGUAGGAAGAUAUUACAUAGUUGAUGCAGGCUAUGCAAAUACAAAGGGAUUUCUAGCACCUUAUCGUGGUGUACGAUAUCAUUUGAGAGAAUGGAGCCAAACAUAAGCACCACAAAAUGCUCGUGAACUCUUUAACUUGAGACAUUCAAAGCUUCGAAAUGUCAUGGAGAGGACAUUUCUUCGUUUUGAAAAAAAGAUUCCUAUAUUAACGACUCCUCCUCCAUAUUCCAUCAAAAAACAAGGUUGGAUUGUGCUAUCAUGUUGUAUACUUCAUAAUUUUAUUCGUAAGUGGAACCGGGGGACGAUUCAUAUUUUGAAGAACACGUGGAAGAGGAA